AUGGACUGUAAAAUACCUGUCGCGAACGUGCCUGCCAUCGUGGAUGAAUUAUCAAACGGCCGAUUGAAAAAGGGAAAGCACACCCUAGACAGCGACGAGGAGGACGAUGAUGGUGAUAAAUACGAUAUUCUGAAAGAAGAUGACAUUGAAGGCCAAGAGGAAAAGACAAUAGACUUUGACGAGGACAUACAGAUUACUCCAUUCAACAUGAGGGAAGAGCUGGAAGAGGGGCACUUUGACAAAGAUGGAACUUUCAUCUUUGACAAAAGCAAAAAUGUGGUGAAAGACAGUUGGAUUGACAAUAUAGACUGGGUCCGUGUCAAAGAAUCUGAGCGCAUCAAGGCUCAGCAACGUGCUGCUGCUGCAGAAGAAGACAGUAAGGAGGAGCUACCACCUGUGGACAAGGUUGCCAUUUUCAGUCAGAUGCUUGAGAUACUUAAACCCCAGGAAAGUGUUGCUAAAGCAUUGCGCCGAUUGUCCAAAAGCAAAGGCAAACCUCUUAGCACAGCUCAACGCUGGAAGGCAAAGCGACAGAAAAUGUCAGCAGCAGAGAAGGAGGCAGGGGAAACAGCAAAAGAGGAAGAAGACCAACAGACAAUGCUGCGGUUAACGGAAAUGGCAGACACUUUGGUGCAGGAUGGCAUGAUGGAGAUUUAUGAGGCAACACGGGAAAAGGUGGCCCAUAUGUUGAAGCAAGAACAGGAGUCAAAAGGGAAAGUUUCCAUUAAAGUCCCGAGGAAAAUCAGCGACGAUGAUGCACUUGACAUGUUUGGUGAAAACUUUGAUAAGCAAGAAGCUGAGAAACUUUCAGGGAAAAAUUCUGUGGGUAACGAAGAAAAAGAACCAGAGGAAGAGCAAAAAGGAGCGUGUUCAGACUCCUUGCAAGAUUCUGGUGAUGAGAAUAAAGAUGCAGAUGAAGUGAGAUGGGAGUACAAGUUAAAAAACACAGAAACAGCUGAAUUGUUUGGGCCUUAUUCCACAUCACAGAUGGUAAUGUGGCAGGAAGAGGGCAAGUUCACGAGCGGUGCAUUUUGUCGACGAGCGGGCUCAGGCAGCCAGUUUUAUUCUUUGGCUAGAAUUGAGUUUGAUUUGUACCUCUGAUUAUCUUUCGAGUACACAGCUUGUAUGCAGACAAAUUAUUUCAGUGAUUUUAGUUAAUGUCACAUGUUCUGACGUAAAAAAACAAAAAUCACCAAUCCAAAGCUUUGGAGGUACUUCUGAGGAGGAAGUAUGUCAUCUCCAAAUUUUGAUGUAGACUGUCAGGGCUUCUGCUUACUCAAAAAAUUGUGUACAGUACACAUUAAAAGUUCGGAGGACCCCUUCAAUUUUCGUCAAUGGGGUCCCAGGCGAACCCUUCAAAUUUGGGCGAAGAACAGAUACAAA